AUGAAGACACCGUGGCUUUCAUUCCUCAUUUUACCAUUUCUCUCGAGUCUUGGAGCAGAGGAUGGCAUAGGCCCAAAGGAAACAAAGCCAAAGAAAGCCAGACUCCCCAAAAUCAAAGAGGAGAACAACAUUCUGGUGCUGAAAAAGAGCAACUUUGACAGAGCACUGAAGGAAACUAAGUAUCUGCUGGUGGAGUUCUACAUUUCUUUAUCUGGACCAUCUCAGAUUCUGGCUGAAGAAUUUGCCAAAGCUGCGGGGCAGCUUAAAAAAGAAGCUCCUGGUAUCAGAUUUGGCAAAGUUGAUAUCACAGACCAAAAAGAUCUGAAAAAAGAAUUUAACAUUCAAGAGUUUCCGACUGUGAAGUUCUUUGUGGAUGGUAAUAGGAAAAAUCCUAUAGAUUGCAAAGGAGUCAGAGAGGCCUCUGCAUUUAUUACCUGGGUGAGAAGACGAAUAGGACCCAGCACUGUAGUUAUCAACAGCACUGACCAAGCUGAAGCUAUCAUCAACUCUGAAGAUUUGGCAGUGAUUGGCUUUUUUAAGGAACUUCACGGUGGAGCAGUGGAAGUUUUCUAUGAGACUGCGAGAGACGUGCCAGAGCUGCCUUUCGGAGUGACAGCCAGCGAGGAGGUUUUUAUGAGCUAUGGCAUCCGAGAGAACGCCAUUGCUGUGUUCAAGAAGGGAAAACCUGUACAUAACGAAGUGGCUGAAGAUGGCAAGCAGAACAAAGUGGAUCUUACCAGAUUAAUUAAAACUUUUACCAUGGAUUUGGUCACAGAGUAUAAUCUCGAGACAUCUGUGAAGAUUUUUGAUGUCCCUGUUGAAAAUCACAUCCUGCUGUUCACCCCUAAGAACUCAGAGACAUUCAACAAGACUUAUGAAGAUUACAAGUCUGCUGCUGUGGAAUUUAGAGGAAAGAUAAUGUUCAUCUUGGUGGACACGAAUGAAACCAGAAACGGGCGCGUUUUUGAGUAUUUUCGCAUCACUGAGAUAGACGUCCCUGCAGUGCGAAUCUUAAACCUGACAAGUGAUGCAAAGUACAAAAUGCCUGCAGAUGAGGUGACCGUGGAGAAUCUAAGAAGCUUCUGUCACAGCUACCUAGGUGGGAAAGCAAAGCCCCAUGUAUCUAGUGAAGAAAUUCCAGAGGACUGGGACAAGAAUCCUGUUAAGGUGCUUGUUGGAAAGAACUUCAACAGGGUCACCUUUAAUAAGACCAAGAAUGUGUUUGUAAUGUUCUAUGCACCUUGGUCCCAUGAUUGUAGGAAACUCUUACCAAUUUGGGAUGAGCUGGGCAAGAAAUAUGAACAUCAUGAAAAUAUAGUAAUUGCCAAAAUAGACUUCACAGCAAAUGAUAUCCAGUUAGUUAUGCUAGACCGCUAUCCAUUCUUUAGAUUCUUUCCUGUUGGAUCCAAUAACCAGGUUGUGGUAUAUGAUGGGGAAUAUACCCUGGAGGCUUUUGCUGAAUUCUUAGAAAAACAAAGCAAGCCAAAAGCAGAAGCAACCAAAAAGCCUCCUUCUGGAGAAAGCAAAGAGGAUCUCACUGAGGAAGAGACGGUCAUAAAACAGAAAGAAGAACUUUAA